AUGAAUAUCGAGUCAGCUCCUCAAAAGCGACUUCUUGCGUCGUCUAUGUCAGGAGGAGCGGGACCAAGAAGACAAGGAGAAGUGGAGAUGAGCUACUCGAGCAGGAUCCGUAGGGCGCUCGUCAAGACCCUCUCGGGACACGCUAACCCCCUCCCACGGAGCAUGAAGCGUGUCACCUUCAACGACACCCUUCAGUUCCAUACCACUACCACCAACCGUCGACCUCGGGCACGUUUCGGAGACGAGGACGAUGAGGAAGAUGAGGAUGGAGAUGAGGAGGAAGAGGAGUCUUCGCCAGUGCUGCUGUUCUUUUCUGGAGAGUUUGGCGCAGGAGUGACAUUGUCACCUGAAGGACCCAUGUCGACGUCUCCGACCCCCUCUGUGCCCUUGCUCGUUCAUGGAGGAGGGAAGAAGGUGAAGAAGGAUAGGCCACCAUCGAUCAUGCCUUCUGUGCGGGACCGCCGUCAGCUCCAGGAGCAGGAUGAUCUGCAGGAAAUGACUGCUGUUGUACAGGAGACUGGUGCUCGGAGUAGUGGGUUUAGUGUGGUGUCGAAUGGGCGGAGCAUCCCCGUCUCGACGACUGCCAUGAGGCCCGGGUUUUCAACUUCGACGGGUAAGAUACUGGCUUCGACGAUCACCAUCGCAUUACCACCCCUCUCGCGACCCCGAAAACAGCAACAACAAUCCCAAACGCCGACAUCGCCAGUCAUGACCAUCGCAGCGACGAGUACCACCACCACAACAACAACCAGCAUGACACCGACAAGCUACUCCCCUACGAACGGAACUUCUGGCCUGGCAUCCGCACUGCUCUCAUCCCUCAUGAUGCCCGCAUCCCCAGGACCCAUCUCGGACGUCGCCCGGUCACUUCUCUCGCCAACAACUCUCGAGGCUUCAGCGCCCGUGUUAUCAGACAGCGACUCGUCCAAGAGCUCAUCUGGAGGAAGGGGUAGGGGGAACUUGAAGAAGACGCAGUCGGCGCCAUCAAAGAUUAAUACGUUCUUGCAGCAGCAUCGGUUGGCGAGACAGCAGCAGCAGCAGCAGGGUCGGGGUCAGAUGCAAGGGUUGUUUUCUCCGGGGGAGUAUACGUCUUCGCCACGGGAUGUGUCCUCGCCGGCCACUGUCGUUGUUGCGAAUGCUAAAUUCGCCACAGGGACUGAAUCCACCGCGCCCUCAUCUGCAACAGCAUCAAUAGACUCUGCAACAGCAUCAAGCACGACAACAGCCCCCACCGUCCGAGCGCGCCAAACCUCCACUUCCUCGACAAAGACACUAAUCCGCCCAAGGUCCCUAUACUCGAUACAAUCAACAGUUUCCUCAGCAGUCGCAGCAGUCAUCGGUGAGGAACCACCACCAUCGGUCCCCGUAUCCCUCACAACCAGCAUGUCACACUCCCUCUCUCCUCGUCUAGGGCCUAUCACCUUUUCGCCUACGAUGACGACGACGUUCUCACCUACGCAUCAGAGGAAGAGGAGUGCCAGUGUUGAUUUGACGAACAUCCCGUCCUUAAGGUUGCAAUCCUCCUCAUCUACGGAAGCCAUCUCUACCCCAGGACUAGGAAAUGCGCUCGAACCCUCAACCCCAACAAGCUCAGGCUCAGGAGGACGAAGUCUGAUGUACAAGCUAACACACCCUCAGCGAUACAAACGCGAACUGGAACUCCAACUCCAAUCCCAACACCAAAAGGAUACCAGCUCUCUCUCUUCCGCAACAUCUUCGCCCUCAGCUUCACAGGUCGCCCUGACACCCUUGUCGCCGACUGGUAGUACGACUAGCAUCCAAGAGACUUUGCAAGAGACUGCAUCUGCCUCGGCGACGGCGACGACGACGAUGUACGACCCCACCCCUAUCAAUGUUCUUCCCAUUCCCAACAACACAGCACCGCGCCCUCGCGCCUCUCCCCUCACCCGCCCAUUCUUCGUCGUCUUCGCCUACGAUGACGACGAGUGCAACGGUGAUGCUGUCGAGUAUGAAGGACCCCCUAGCCCAAUUGCGAAGCAGUCCGUCCCCAAGACCGAGAUCCAUGGCGGAGGAUGA